AUGUCAAAACGCCGUAAAAAAGCAUGGAAGUCGCCUUGCGCAGCAGCGGAACCAAUGGACCCAAUCGACGAGUCUGUUGAAGAGCAAAAUAUAAACCAUGUGGGAGCUAUACAAGGAAUCGUCUUUUUUAUUCAGCAAGCUGAGGAGUGUGGCCUAUCAAGGAGUCAAUGGAGUUCUAUGAGACAGAAGCUUGAGAACUUGGUUAACUCUAACAGCAGCAAUGUCGAGGCCUUCGAGCAGGGGAUAGUCAUCCAUUAUAAUCAAACAAGGAGGUUGUUGUUGAAUGAACUACAUGGAAGACUGAAACACGAACAGGGUAACGCUAAGAACCCCAAGAAUGUCGAGAAAAUAAAAACUGCAUAUGAUUAUGCAGCUAACACACAGGAAAUCUCGGUGGAUGACCUUCAUAAUACAGAAUAG